CUUGUACACGAAAGUAAAAAGGUCCGCCCCUUUCUUCUCCUGAAAUGCGAAAAGUUCAAACAGUGAACACCUUUUUCUGUCUUCCUCGUGAGAUUUUCUUCUUUUUAUUCUUUGUAAUUGUGGACGUCAUAAGAUGUGAUAAGAAAACGUUUAAAUGUUGUAAAACUAUGUGGCUAGCACUUAAGUCCAAACCUAACUCGACUGCAUGUUAAGAAAACGUAGAAAGGAUCUGGCUCCCUGGGGUGUAAUGUGAUGAGAACGAGGAGAAAAGAGUGGCCUGGUUGUGAUGGCGCUACGGAAGGGGGCUGGAGUUUCGGAGCUGUGCAGGGAAGGCGAUGAGCUCCUGGGGGAAGGAGAGCCAGAGAGAGCCACCGCUCUCUACGUCGCUGCCUUCGGGACGCACGCCGGCUCCACCCUGUCUCACGUGAGGGGGCUGGGGGCGGCCAGGUUGGCGGGGGUGAUUUCCACUCUGGAAGCCUGGCUGGAUGGCCGGGGGGAUGCCAGUGGCGCCGGAGAGGGCCUCAACAAAGGCCUGGCAGCUGUGUUCCUGUCAACGCUCAGCCCCAACAACCUCGCCGCUUCCCUGUACAAGAUGGAGUCCGUCCUCCUGGGCGGCGGCCAGUGCUGCGAGGAGGUUGCUGUGCGCUGCUCUGCCCUGCUGGAUGGAAACGGUGUUCCCCAGGUGGAAGGUUCCGCGCGCCUGACCCUGGAGCUCACCAGGGCCCUAGCCUGCUUGCUCUCCCAGCCCCACAGCCCCACGGGCCCACUCCUCUACCUCAGGGCUUUCCGAGAGAACGAGGCGGAGACUGGGAGACUGCUGAAGAGCAGGCAGGCGCUGCACCUGCCCAGGAUAGUGAAAGCCUUCCUGCAGUACCUGGUGCAGCUGACCCCUGCGUCCCAAGGCGAGAACGAGGCUCGGGAAGGGGCGCGGCCAAGCGGGCCGCCGGACCCGGCACCCUCCUCCGAAUGCAUGCGGUUCCUGGCGUCUGUGUGCCCAGAGGACACGCGUGUGCAGGAAGUGCGGGCGGCAAUGUUGCUCCACAAGGGCAGGUUUGAGGAGAGCGCUGAGGCCUACUCCCGGGCCCUGCAGGGGGGCGGGACGUGGACAGAGACGCCCCCGGUAGCGGAAAAGACGGCCCCCGACUCGCUGCCGCCGGAGAGGAAGGGCUGUCUCCUGGUCGGCAGGGCUGCCGCCAGCUUCAUGGCAGGCGGAAGGGCGACCGAGGCCUGCAGGGAUCUGGGGCAGGCCUUUGAGAUCCACCCUGCCGCCGCCAGGCUGCACUUCCAGAGGCUGUUCUCUGACAGCGGCACGGCGCAGGCGGCUCGGGCGCAGCUGCGGCAGCAGGCCGAGAGGGCCCUGUCGGAGCACAGGGAGGCCGUUUUGGCGCGCCCCGACCUGCGCUCCUCCAUGGGUGCGGAGCAGCUGGACCCCGUGAUCGCGCAGCUGCGUGCGCUGUGCCACCUGGAGCCGGGAGGGGGCAGCAGAGAGCUGAGGGUGCGCCUGGCUGACUGCCUGCUCCUCCGCGGGGAGUUCAAGGAGGCCCUGUCCAUCUGCAGCCAGCUGGCUGCCGCGGCCUCCCCGGCCGGGCAGAGCUACCAGAACACCGUGCACGUGCUCCGGGGCUACGCGCGCCUCCUCUCCGACGACCAUCAGGGGGCGGCGGAGGACUUUCAGGCGGUGAUCGAGCACAGCGCCCCCCACCCGUCCAGCUGCGUGCGCGCGCUCUGCGGCCGGGGGCUCCUGCGCAUGCUGGCGGGGUCGCCCUACCUGACGGCCCUGGACUACGUGACGGCCAGCCGGCUUCAGCCGCAGGACGCCGCGCUGACCGUGCGCUGUCUGGUGCCCUGGAACCGACGGGGGCUCCUCUGCACCGUGCUCCUGGAGCAAGGCCGGGUGAUGCUGGAGGGGCCUCAGAACCAGGACCCCGCCCCAGGCUCCCCUCUGCAGCAGGGACAUCAACCCCCACCCACACAGGGGAGAGAGAGCUGCUCCACCAACAAAGAAGAGACGGCCGUUGGAGUGCACGCCCUGGCCGUUCUCCUCGCGGAGCUGGAGCCUGGCGCGGACGGGCCGCAGAUCCUGGCGGCCGAUUCGCUUUACUGCCUGGGCAGAGUGGAGGAGGCGCACCGCCUCCUGCUGUCCAUCGGGAAGAGCUCCCCGCGCUCGCCCGUCCUCGCCCGCCUCGCCAUGCUGCAGCUCCACCGCGGCUUCCUCUACGACGCCAACCAGCUUUUGAAGAAACUGACCCAGUGCGGUGAUACCAGCUGCUUGCGCCCCCUGCUGACGGUGGCGUCGCCGGAGGACCGGGCGCUGCUGCAGAGGCACUGCCACGCCGCCGCCAGCCGCAUCCUGGAGAGCCAGCGGGAGGAUGCGGGCGUCAGGGAGGCCGUGGCCUACCUGUCCAUCGCCAUCAUGGCUUCUGGUGGUGAGGCGACGGAGUCUUUGUUGGCGAGGGCCCGAUGUUACGUGCUUCUGGGCCAGCGUAAGACCGCCAUCUUUGACUUCAGUGCCAUCCUUAAGGAGCACACUGAGCAUGUGCAGGCUCUGUGUGGGAGGGGCUUCACCUACCUCAUGCUAAACCAACAGAAGGAAUGCACCAGAGACAUUUUGGCAGCUCUCCAGGUGGACUGUAAUGCAGUCACUCAGGAUAUCCUGUCCCUGAAGGACACAGGCAGAAAGCUUGUCUGCGAUUGGCUGCAGAAGUACUGCAGGGCCAAUCUCUCUGACGUCAUAGCGGCCAAUCCAGUUCCCUGCAAGGAGGAGCACCUAAGAGAAGCCUUUCUGAUUGGUGGGGCCCUAAUGAAAACUGAUUCCAGAGACCCCAGAUGGCAUCUCCUGUACGUAGACACCCUGCUUGCCAAAGGUGCGGUGAAGGCAGCAGCUGCUCACCUGGGCCAGGUCUUUGGCCAGGAGCCUCGGGAAGCAGCCGCCCAGGCCAGGUGGGGGGUGGUGGAGUCAUGGCAGCAGAACUUUGGAGCUGCAGGCAGGAGGCUGAGCAGAAUCGCAGAGAGAGACUCUUCCACCCUGGACUUCCUGCUGGAUCUGAUCACUUCAGCUCACAGGGGUCUCCUUGCACAGGCCGCUGCUCGGGAGGCGGAGCAUGUGUCUGAGCAUGGCCAAUGGGAGGCAGCGCUGGCUCUGCUGACGGUGGCAGUGGGGGCAGGAGGGGAGGGGGAUGUCCAGUUCUACCGGCAGCGGGCGGCGUGCCUGUCACGGCUGGGCCUCCACGAGCGCGCCGUUUCCGACCUGGACCGGGUGGUGCGCGGCCACGGCGAUGGGGCGGAGCCUGAGGCGCGGGCGGCGGACCUGUGCCGGCGCGGCCGCGGCCUGGUGCUGUGCUCCCGCGAGGAGGCGGCGCUGGAGGACUUCGCCCAGGCGCUGGAGCUGCACCGGGACCACGCCCUGCGCUGCGUGGAGGCGGGGCUUGGGAGGCCGCGGCUGGCCGACUGCUUCCUGCGCGGCGCCCUGCGGCAGUACGGGGAGCGGCAGCUGGGCGGGGCGUGGCGCCUGGCCGAGUGCGGGCUCAGGGUGGACGGCGGCCACGCCAAGCUGCGCCGGCUGAGGGCCCGCCUCAAGCGCGAGUUCAGCGGCUCCUGCAUCGUGCACUAGCGCCGGCUGCGGCGGCGGCGACCGCGGCCCCGCGGGGGGAGGAACGCGUCGGACGCAGGGGCGGGGCUUCGGCUGCUCCGGGCCGUAAAUAUCCUGGUGGCCAGGCCGUUAAUCAGAGCGGGGCGGUGACCGCUGGACGACAGCGUACCGGGGACAAGGGAGCGUACGUCUGCCCAGACGGCGGCUAGCUGACAGCUCGUCCCCGGGCCCGCCGCUCGUUUGGGGGCGGCUUCCUGCCUGGCGGACGGCAUCUCCUCGUGUCCCCGACCCGGUGGCCAGCGCGGCGCUCACAGCCGCUCUGUCACACGCUCCCUGGUUACAGAAAUCCUUCACGGCACCGCCAAAAAACACCACAGCAGCAACUGAAGGCCCAGAGCCCGUCAGAGCUCCCCUGUGGAGUCAGACUGGUGAGACGUAUCAGUGUGUCUGUCAUCACUGAGAGUGCCCUAGUAGACACGGUAAAGCUGGCCUCGGCCACAUCUGAUAACAUGCAUGGUAUUAAAGUUGUCUUCCAUGUGCUGUUGUGUCCUCCAGGGGGCAUGGACGUAAUGUGAGUGCAGAUUGGGAAGUUUGGGCUAGCUGGGCUGAGUAUUCAUAGCUUUGGGUCACGGCAAGGACUCUGGCUUCACGAGCAUGCACACAGUUCACACUGUGAUUGGCUGCUCAUUUACGAAACAGAGAUGCUUGAUAUAAGAGCGAAAAUCACAUAAGAAUUCCACUGUGCGGUGCAGAUAAAUGAGACUCAGUUUCAAUUGCUACCAUUUCGCCUACAUACAAUCUCCCUUCAUGUAACCACCCCUCAGUACCAGCUCAAAUAAGAUUCCAGGGCUUUUAACACACUUCUGCAAACUCGUCCCCCAAAGACAUCGUUUAAUGAAAAAGCUUUCAGUGCUUCUUUUUUUUUUUUGUUGUUUUUUUUUUCUCAUUUGUGAUUCGUUGAGAGCGUUCAGUCACCACCUGGGCAAGCAGAAACACGAACAGGCAUAUACUCUGAACAUCUAAUAAAUCCCUAAUUAUUGAAUUAGUUACCCUAGCAGCAGUGUGUAAUUACUGCAGAGGCGUUCUUUGGGAACAAACAGCAGGGGCCUCUCUGUAUCCUGGUUGAUGGGAGACAGAAGAAAACAGGGCUUUUUUUUCCGAGAACCGUCUUUAAACGGAAAAAAGCCAGGUUCUUAGAUAAAUGGCAAUACCAAGGAUGCGAACCCCUUUUUUACUUUUAAACAUACUGCAAUGAUUUAUUACACAGAAUUGCAGUGCUGCCCUGGUGUUUACAAGGAACGUUAAGCUCUGUUGUCAGUAGAUAGUGCUAUAAUCAGGAAUCUAAUAAGGGCCCUCAAUAUGCAUAGCUUGUGCAUGCAAUAUGCAUAGCUUGCAUAGCCUCAUUAGCAUAAUCCUUCUGUGUGACGCAUAAAUCUGGCCAUCACAAGGGCUGUGCUCUUUCGCCCAUCAUGUUUGUGUGUACUGAGCUAUUCUUUUCUGCAACCUACCAUUUUCCAGUAUUUUACCUUAAUUAGCCUUUUAAGGGAGUUUAAAAAAAAAUUCCCUCUGGAAUCACUGACAUUAGUUGUAAAGCCCAGUUUGACAACCUGUUUGUAAAUGAUGUGAUACAGAAAUGAAGGCAGAUUGAUUGAUGGACUAUUAGCCUUGAAACAAAGCCCCAUAGAGACUCAGUACUGAAACUAUUAUUACCCUCCUAUUAUGGUGCUCAACAGACUUCUUUCUUGCAACAAAUUAAGUGGCCCAACAAAUUAUUACAUUUUUAUUAGAUAGUCAGCAAAUUACUUUUUCUCCUGCAUUUUAUGGCAAUAUUGUAUAUUAAUAGAAGUGAAUACUGUGCAGCCAUACUUAACUGCAGUAUAUUCAUCGUCUUAAAUCAACAAAGAGCUGCACUUUACCUCGGCGUAUUUAAUUAAAGUUUUUAUUACAGUUUGAAAUCUGAGUGAGCUGAAACCCUCCUUCCAUAGACGGUGCUUUGCUUUGGUCAGGUAUGUACAGUAUUACUUCAUGGGGCUGCCAGCUGGAGUUGUCAGUUGUCAGUUGGUCAGUGCUGGAAUUCUGUCCUAUGGGGCGUGUCACUCUACCAAAGACUAGUGCUCAGAUAGAUAGAUAGAUAGAUAGAUACUUUUAUUUGUCCCCGUGGGGAAAUUGGUUUGCAGCAUAAUCACAAGGCAUUUCAUCAUAACGUCACAAAAAACACUAAUAGACAUACUCAAUACACAUACUUCACACAUUGCAAUAAAUUAGGUGUGAAAUAUAUAAAAAAUAGAAAUAAAAAUAGAUAGUUAAGAUGGGGGUAACUCCUGCCCAGGCCAGCUGGACAUCCUUUAUGACCAGGAAGGAGUGGUCAAAGUGCAUGGGGGAUGAAGUCCUAGUGCAUUACCCGUAGCCUAUGAGUGCUCUCUGAUGAUGAAGUUGUUUUUUUGACAACAAAUCGAGUUGAAUAAUUCUUUAUUCGACAGCCUACCAUGAACAUUACAGGAGUAAUGAAAGUAAUUCCUGUAUUCCUCUACAAUACAGUUAGGGGUUUGGGUUUUGGAAGAUAGUGGCAUAUCUAUGCAGUUUUUAAAGAAGAAAAUCAUUAUUUUAAAUUAGGCACUUACUGUUACCUCAAUUUAGUACAUAAAUAAAAAAAAUAAAUUUAAGGAUAUAAUUUGAGUGUAUUAUAUUAUAUAAUAUCUAAUAGAGUGGCAAUGGUAAAGCCCAUCAAAGAGGGGUUAUUAAUUUUAAUGGAAAUGUAUAGAAAUAUUGUGAGAAUUUCUCGUACCUGGAGUUGGUUGUUAAGCUUUUACCUCACUUAUAUAUUUUUACAAUGCAAUGUUUAAUAUGGUGGCUAAUAGCUUACCUAGCUUUUCUUGCUGUAAUACAGGCUGGUGAUGUUUCUGGAUAUGGUUACUUUAAUAGCUUGUUAAAAUAAUGUGAUUGCAUUUGUGGUUCUAGGACUCAUGGGAUAGCAUGGCUGACACAAGUUGAGGUGAAAUCCAAAGAGAUACACCAGCAUGAAGGUGCUCGUGAGGGUGCAUGCUGGUGUGCACUAAACCCAUGCAUAUAAAUGUUACUUCACUUGUGAGGGGACUUCGGUAAUUGCAAGUAAAAUGCUUGUUCUUUUUUGCUUUUUGGUACAGCUAUGGAGUACUGGUCACUUUAAAGACAAGACCUAGAAAACCUAGAACCAAUCGUCGCAGUUGUUUGUCUCAAGUUCUGCUCUUAAUUAUUUAAUAUGUUAAUUAUUUAAUAUUAUUUAAUAUGUCAAUCAUCUUGAGCUGACAUUUUCUACAACUGAAGAUUGCACCUACAGUGAGCUCCAAAAUGUUUGAAAAAAAGACAUUUUUUCUUCAUUUGGACUUAAUUUUAGAUUUGUAAUCAAACAAUCGACAUGUUAAAGUGCAUAUUCUCAGCUUUUAUUUAAGUGUUUUUUGGCUGGACCGCAAUAGCGGGGUCAGCCCUAUAAACGCGAAUGUCUGACUGAGUGAGUGAUGAAGUUACAUCAUUGGUCGACCCAGUUAUGAAGUUACACCAUUGGUCGGUCGGAUGAAGUGUGUUAGGUCCAGCCAUGUACUAGGUUUUGACCUGGUCUUGUUUUAAUAAACUUUGGUUUCACUUUGUAGAAAUUACAGCAUAUUUUAUACAUAGCCUGGUCUCAUCUGUCCACAAGACCUUUUUCAGAACUUUGCAGGCUCUUUUAGGUACUUCUUAGCAAAUCUUCUACAGACAGUAGUCACUGACGCAUAUGCACCAGCCUCCUGAAGAGUGUUUCUGAUCUCUCAGACAGGAGUUUGGGGUUUUUUCUUCAUUAUUAUAAUUUAUUAUCCAGAAACUGUCAUUCAGAGCAGAGGUGGGAAAGAAUGUGACUCUAACUGUUUCUGGAUUUCACUCUUGAUUAUUUAACCCUUACUCUUGAUUAUUUAAGCCUGAUCUCACAUUUUAGGUACAUUUCUUGACAGGCUCAUGAAUGACAGCUGAAGGUUGUUCUCCUGUCCCCAUAUAAAUAUUUUACUGUGGACUAACUGUGUUGAUGUGCACAGCUAAUCAUAUAAUUGGCCAGGCUAAUUGGUGGAAAGAAAAACCUGCAUAAACACCAGCCUUCCAGAAAGGGAACUGCCCACUUGAUCUAGAGCCUAUCAUUACAAGAUACUUUUAAAAGCAUUCCAUAUAACUGUAAGAAUCUGCAGGUACAGAGCACACAGCAACAGAUGCUAAAAUACAAGCAUGCAACUGUAAUUAUUUUUAGCAUACAUAUGAUAAUUAAAAACAAUUAUCACAUCACAUUAAUGUAUGCACAGAAUAUAACAUUGUAUGGAUAAUGUGUGGUCACCAUUUGAAAAUUAUUCAUGAGUAGUUUUCAUUAUCACUGAGGUUAAAUAUGGGUUUUUAACAUUAAAAAUGAAAUUAAUUUCUCGCAUAUCUAGAGGAAGUACAAGACCAUGUCUUUCCUUAUCAGUCAGUUGAAAUUGAGGAUGGGAAUACUUUCUCUAGACAACAGGAGGAUUGGAAAUCCAACAUAAACAUGGUACGUCAUUGUCCACUGUAAAAUGAUUAUUCUGUCAUUGAUGAUAUUGUUUCUGUGUUGGUUAAAUGCCUCCAGGAAUAUGAUUAAAUGCAUUGAUCACAAUGUCACCUCUGAAACAAAGGCUUCAUUGAAUUUCGAAUGAAUUCACAUGCAGAGAGCUUUUACACCAUUCUUAUCACAGAAAGACUGCUGUUGUUCUGUGACCACUGAGUCUGAAGUUCAGUUUUCUCUCUGUCUUUGACUGAAACACCUACAGAGUACUUCACAAAUAAUUUGAAGUGACUUGCGUGAUGAUGAAUGUAUUGUCUUUGAAUGUAAAAACUAAAUUCAUGACAUAAAUUCAUAAAUAAAAUCUAAGCUAAUCCUGA